AUUGUGAUUUUCCUUUAAGUCGCCAGUUGAAGAGUAAAUGAUGACAGGAUUAAGAAUAGAGACGGAAAGGGUGUUAUUUCCAUGUGUGGUAGCUAUUACUGGUGUUGGUUUGGUUCUACAACUGUUGGGACUUUUCUUACCUUAUUGGUAUAUCAUCGACCUAAAGACUCAUUACUGGGCUGUGGGUUUCUUUCAUAGCAUUCAUUGUAAAUAUGGUAGAUGUGUUAAUGCAUGGUACGGUCAUAGAGUUGAAACCUGGCUAAAUGGACAAUUACGCUUCACUGCAUGGAUCCAAACAGUUGCUGUAAUAUUUGGUGUGUUGGGUUUUAUUACUAGUAUUAUACAGAUGGUCAAUAGAAGACGUGGACAGAUGAGAAAAAAUCUGUCUCAUACUGCCUUCUUUUUAUUUACUCUACCUGCAGGUUUCCUGGCUUUAGUAGGUGUUAUAGUAUAUAUUAGUGAAGAGAGCCCAAAGACGGGUGGCGACAACGGAUGGUGCUAUAUACUUUCAUUGCUGGCAGGAAUACUGUUGUUACUAUCAGCGUUAUUGUCCUGUGUCUGGUGCCGUGAUCAAGGCAAUGAUUAUGAUGAAAGACUGGCCGCUAGAUAUCUGUACACUUCUACUCGGUUUUAACAAGACGUACAAGAUUGGCCUAUAGUGCCUUGUUAAUUAUGCAUAAUUUGUAAUGGUUUCUAACAGACAGUGUCGUUGAAUCCAAGUUGUGGUGAUAUUAAUCAUAAUAAGUAUAUUCUAUCAAUGUACAAAAUGGGAUAUAAUUUGCUUCUAUAACGGUAUCUCUUGCCUUUUUUAUCCAUCAUACAUGAAUAAAAAAUAUCUUACUU